ACCUUGGAGCAGCUGUGCAUCAACUUCACCAAUGAGAAGCUGCAACAGUUCUUCAACCACCACAUGUUCGUCCUGGAGCAAGAGGAGUACAAGAAGGAGGGUAUUAUCUGGGAGUUCAUUGACUUUGGCAUGGACUUGGCUGCCUGCAUUGAGCUGAUUGAAAAGCCCAUGGGCAUCUUCUCCAUCCUUGAAGAGGAGUGCAUGUUCCCCAAGGCCACAGACACAUCCUUCAAGAACAAGCUGUAUGACCAACAUCUUGGCAAAAACAAAGCAUUUGAAAAGCCAAAGCCCGCCAAGGGCAAGGCUGAGGCCCACUUCUCCCUGGUGCACUAUGCCGGCACCGUUGAUUAUAACAUCAUUGGCUGGCUGGACAAGAACAAGGACCCACUGAAUGACUCUGUGGUGCAGCUGUACCAGAAAUCCUCAGUGAAACUGCUGGUUC